CAGCAGACAUGAUUGUUGAACAGAAUACUUUAGAUGGUAAGCUGAAGCCAAUACUGAAAGCAUCUGGCGGUUUGUGGGGAGGAAAUCGUGUCAAUGAAGAAUUUUGUAGCUUUAUUUCUAAAGCCAUUGGUCAGGAUAUAUUCAAUACCUUUGUGAGAGAAAAUAUAUGUGACUUUCUUUAUCUUAAUGGCCAAUUUGAAAUUAAAAAGAGGCUAGCUACCAAACAUUCGACGGAUAAGAUAAUACUGCAACUACCCGUAACAUUAUCCGAAACUUUUACCGAAAAAUCAGGCACAAUUCUUGCCAAAACAAUAAAAAAUACAAUUUACAGUAAAGAUAUUGAUGUAAACAGGGGGAAAAUUGAAUUAUCUGCCGACAAAAUGCGUUCUUUUUUUACAAGGACAGUACAGGGAAUCGUUGAUCAUGUGCGAAUGAUCAUGAGCAAACCAGAAUGCAAAGAUAUAAAGCAUAUUCUAAUGGUGGGUGGCUUUUCAGAGUCACCCUUGGUCGUUGAAGAAAUUCGUGCACAGUUUCCAACUAAAACCAUCAUAAAUCCUACUGACUCGGGUUUAUCUGUUUUAAAGGGUGGAGUGCUUUUUGGGUUUGAUACCAAAGUUGUUACUGCCAGAGGUUGUCCACUCACGUAUGGAAUAUCACUUUAUGAUUCUUUUGACAAAACAAAACACGACAUGUCGAAAUCAGUGAUGUUGGGAAAGGAGAGAGUUGUCCUUGGAUGCUUUGAGAAGAUUUUUAUGAUCGAUGAGAUUGUUGAUGUUGGAACUAAAAGAUCCAUAAAUGUCUAUGAAAGUUACAAAGGACAACCCGAAUCUUUAAGAAAGAAAAGUAAAGAGAUUGAAAUUUUCUCCUCAACUGAACCGAAUCCACGGUAUGUAACUGAGCUAAGUUGUUCUCGUCAUGGACGAAUCAUCGUACCACCACCAAAUGGCAGGUGGCCUGACAAGGUGAAAGGCAGAAUUGAAUUUGAAUUUGGGCAAACUGAGCUGAUUGUUCGAUACAUUGACAGAGUGACCGAGUAUGUUGUUACGGGGAAUGUAGAUUUCCAUGCAUCCGAAAAUGAAUUGAAUUUGCUGAGCUCCUCGGUUAGAAAAUCCCAAUAAUUUUUAAGGAAAAGAUAUUUUAUGUCUGUGUUUGUUCAUGGAGGUAUAGAAAUCUUACAAAGAUGGUCUGACAUUGCAUUUAUACGGUUUAUAUUUACAUUGUAAAAAUCCAAAUAACUGUUGCUCUGUA